AUGUCAGCACCAAAAGCGGUAACCCCGAGCUACACUCGGGCUUACCAUGCGGCGCUUUUGCAUAGGGAGUCCCUGCAGCACUUACCUUGUCCUUCGCUCCCGCGACGUGUCCCCUGCAGCGUUCCCCGGCCAUCUCCUCCAGCAUGAUGCCAGCAUCCAGCUUCUGUGUUCCGGUCCCUGUGACGUCGGGACAAACGGGCGCCGCCGACAGCGGAAAAUUUGAAAAUUUAAAAAAAUUGUCAUUUUUUUCAAAACGAUUUUACGAGUGCUUUGUCCGGCCCCUGCCUGCAUUUUACUGUUCUUUCUG